AUGUGUGAUACUCUUCCUUCGAAUUCCUAUAUCGUUGAUCCAUAUGGCAAGGAUUUCAGCAUUACUUUUGUUCAUCGACUACCACAAAAUGUAUACGCCAUUGUAGAGAUUGAAGGACACGUAACAUACGANUACAUAUUCAUUCUGAUAUAUAAAUAUCUACAUCAUUUUCAAUAUUCGUUUACUACUCGUCGUCCAUCUUGUGCCAAAUCAACGACCAGCAUGUGUGAUACUCUUCCUUCGAAUUCCUAUAUCGUUGAUCCAUAUGAGAUUGAAGGACACGUAACAUACGAUGACGAGGAUGAUGACGAUCGUGAUUCGACUUCGACGACAACUAGUGAAAUCAUCAACACGCUGCCGUACAAAGUUAUCCUAUAA